GGAUCAUACUCUCACACAGAAAGAGUCACAUUAUUAUAUCCUCUAAAAAACCAAACUAAAACGACACGUGAAGUCUUGAUCAGCCGAUAAAUAGCUACCGACAUAAGGCAAAACUGAUCGUACCAUCAAAUGUAAUCCACGUGGUUUUAGAUUACUCGUGGCACCACACUCCCUUUAGCCUAUAAAUAUAAACCAUUAAGCCCACAUCUCUUCUCAUCAUCACUAACCAAAACACACUUCAAAAACGAUUUUACAAGAAAUAAAUAUCUGAAAAAAUGUCAGAGACCAACAAGAAUGCCUUCCAAGCCGGUCAGACCGCUGGCAAAGCUGAGGAGAAGAGCAAUGUUCUGCUGGACAAGGCCAAGGAUGCUGCAGCUGGUGCUGGAGCUGGAGCACAACAGGCGGGAAAGAGUGUAUCGGAUGCGGCAGCGGGAGGUGUUAACUUCGUGAAGGACAAGACCGGCCUGAACAAGUAGCGAUUCGGGUCAAAUUUGGGAGUUAUAAUUUCCCUUUUCUAAUUAACUGUUGGGAUUUUCAAAUAAACGAUCUUUGAUCAAGAAUUGCAUUAUAUAUAUAUAAAUAUAUUGCAAAAUUAUUAGACGAGCCAAACUUAUAUUCAAAUAAUGUUUUAUCUAUUUUAAAAAAUAUUCUUUAUGCGAAAGAUCAAACUCCCCAAACGAUGUUAAAUGGAUCACGAUACAUAAGUCGAUCCGAAUUGUUGAAGUUUUCUAAAAAUGCAGUCCUUAUAAUUGUAUUAAACACACUAAAUCUUCCAAACACACAGAAGGAAAUCACUAUAAUUGUUAUAAUGGAUAUAGGAGAACUAACU